AUGCCACUGCCCCAGGAGAAUCUCUCGGCUCUCUCCUCUCCACCCUGCAGCCCCAACAGCCCUCUCCUCUUUCCCCCUUCCAUCCAUCUCUCUCUUUCCAUCUCCAGGGACCCUUUGGAAGGAGCGAACUAUCGGAGCCAUCAUAACACGCAUGCCGCUGCGCCUGCAGACUCUCCCAGCUCUCUCCACCCUGCAUUCCCCGACACCCUUCCCCUCGUGCCCCGCCCUCCAUCCCUCUCCCUCGCUCUGUCCCCAUCUCCAGGGACCCUUUGGAAGGAGCGAACUAUCGGAGCCAUCAUAACGCGCAUGCCGCUGCGCCUGCAGACGGACGGCAAUGGCACUGAAACCGGGCCCCGAGAACCCUUCAGUAUAAGCACACCCACCAACACCCAUACCGGCAGCAGCAGCAGCAACGGCGCUUCCAGCAACCAGGGAUCAUCAAAAGCAUCACAGGCAGCAGCUGCUGCAGUAGCUGCAGCGGCGGUUACAGCGUCGCCGCUGCUGUUCCCCUCCACGCCCCUCCCGCCGCACCCCUUCCCGUGGCUCGUGCCCCUUAACAACUGCCCCAACUACUGCUCCGGUCGCGGCCUCUGUGACGCCACGUACUGGGAGUGCAGGUGCCCCUGGUACCACGAUGGCAGUGCAUGUGAGGACGAGAGCUUCUCAGUGGCGUGUCUCAACGACUGCUCGCAGCGGGGCGACUGUGAGGGCGGCGUGUGUCAGUGCCAGGCAGGCUUCUUUGGUGCCGACUGCUCGCUCUACUACAAUGAGGAGCUGCGCCUGAGGAGGCUCCCCGGGUCACCCUUUCCCUGGGCCGACCUACCAGAGAGUGACACGUUCGCAGUAACACCAGCAGCAUCAGCAUCCGCAGAAAUCCAGCCGCCAGUCUCUCGCAGCCCACAGCCACAGCCAGCUCAAGAGCAGCAGCAGCAGCAGCAGCAGCAAAGUGAUGCAGGAACAACAGGGGCAGCAGCAACAGCAGCAGUAGGAGUAGGAGCAACAGCAAUAGCAGGAGGGAAAUCAGCAGCAGCAGCAGGAGCAGCGGGGCAGCCCCUGAGGGUGUAUGUGUACGAGCUGCCUCCGCAGUUCAACUCAUGGCAGAUGCAGCACUCGCCCUACAUCGACCACCCCGAGGCCCUCUGGUUCUGGGAGCGCCUGCUGGCCAGCCGCCACCGCACCAUCGACCCAAGGGAAGCUGAUUACUUCUAUGUGCCUCUCCUCAUCCGAAACCGAGACAGUGGCAAGCAACGUCUGAUAUCAGAAACGAUCGCCUUCAUCCGCUCCCUGGGCCCCUUCUGGGACGCCAAGGGCGGGGCAGACCACAUUUUCCUAGUAAGUGAGGAGUACGGCAAGUGCGCCCUGCAGCUCCACGGGCUGGAGGACCCGCGGCUAGCGUCCGCAAUCACCCUCACUCCCUGGGGGUACACUCGCAACAUGCUCGGCACCGCAGACGGCGGGCCGUGCUUCCGGCCCGGGCAGGACAUAGUGAUUCCGCCCUCGGCGCAUCUGAGGUUCCUGCAGAAUGCGAGUAUGGUCAGGGAGGCUGGGGGGCUGCCAGGACUGGUGAGGGAGGGAGGUGCGGAUGGGGAGGGAGAGGUGCAGCAACAGGGGCAGGAGCAGGAGGGGCAGCAGCAGCAGCAGCAGCAGGAGGGGAGUGGUGGGCAGGGGCAGGUGGGGAGGGAGCGGCAGUACCUUCUGUUCGUGCGAGGGCUGAAUGUGAGUGAUGGCAGCAGCGGGUGGGACGAGGAGGCACACCAGCAGGAGCAGGGGGGGCAGCAGCAGGGAGAUAAGAGGCAACAGGGAGGCAACAAGGAGCAGGGGGAGCAGCAGCAGCAGCAGCAGCAGCAGCAGCAGGGAGAGAAGAGGCAGCAGGGGGAGCCACCGUUCAGCUUUGGCGUGCGGCAGCGGGUGUUUGAGCUGUACGCGGGGCGGGACGAGGAGACGGGCUUUAAGGUGGAGGUGGUACCGGAGGGCGGCGAGGAGCUGGCGUACGGCGGCAUGGAGCAGAGCGUGUUCUGCCUCGCCACUGCAGGCCACGUCUGGCAUGCGUCACUGGCAAUGGCUGUUAUCGCAGGCUGUGUGCCCAUCGUCAUUCAGCCGGAUGUGCUGCUUCCUUUCGAAGGAGACGGAGUGGACUGGAGUCUCGUCUCGUACCGCCUCAACAUCCGCGACAUCCCCCAGCUGCACGAGCGGCUGCAGGCAAUCCCGCCAGAAGACAUCGAACUCAAGCAGAAGCGCCUGCGACAGCUAUGGCCUCUGUUCAUCUGGUCAGCUCCGCAGUUCAAUCCGGUGGACUUUCUGCCCGAAGAGUUUGCGCAACUGCGCGUUCUUCCAGAAAUGGCCGGCCUACUUUCCUCAUCCAUGCAGGGAGCUCUCCUGAAGCUGCCUGCAGCAGCUCCCAUUUCCGCUCCCCCAUCUCGCACGCUCACCGCCGUAGUGGCUCACACCGGCGCAUUUCCCUCGAGGAGACAGACGGCAGCCAGCAGAAGACCGAUGUCGACGCUGCUGCGCGCCUCGGAGCUGACGGCGAUCGACACCUUUACGUCGGAACUGGAAGAGCUGGAGGGAAUGGUCGACGGAGAGUACGAGGAGGUACCAGUGCACACGGUGACGGUGCACGACCGGGAACGAGGAGUCACGUACACGGUCGACGUGCCUCAGGACCAAUACAUUCUUCAAACCGCGGAGGAGGAAGGCAUCAAGCUGCCAUUUGCAUGCCGGCACGGCUGCUGCACAGCCUGUGCCGUCCGGGUUAUUUCAGGCGAGCUGGUUCAACCACGUGCGCUUGGCAUUUCACAAGAGCUCAAGGAGAAGGGUUAUGCACUGCUGUGUGUGGGGAUUCCCCUUUCUGACCUUGAGGUGGAGACACAGGACGAGGAUGAAGUGUACUGGCAGCAGUUCGGCAAGUACUUUGCACGAGACACAGACGCGGAUUCGAAGGAAGGUUCGUCCCAAGGAGAGUUCGCGGAAAGACCCCUCUUGAGAGAUGCGAUUAUUGUGGGCGGCGGAAUUGCCGGUCUGACGGCAGCCAUUGCUCUUCGCCGGCAGGGAGUUGACGUCCAGGUGUACGAGAGGGCGGCGGGGCGUGACCCUGAGAGGGUGGGGCGCAUUGUGGGGAUUCAGCCCAACGGGCUGGCAGCGCUGAGAUGCAUCGACCCCGCCAUCGCUGAUGCUCUCCCCUCUCAGGGCGCGCAUGUGCCCAGCCUGUGCCAGCUCGCCCCAUCUGGCGAAGUGCUUCUGGAGGCCACAGCGCCGGCUGACGGGCGCCUCUCCAUCCGCUGGGGGCUCGCUCUCGAGGUGCUGCAGAGCUUCCUGCCUGCAUCAAUCGUGCACCAGGGCUGCGAGUUCACAGGGCAGAUUCAGCAGGCCAAUGGACGUGUGACAGCCCACUUCACUCGCCACGGCCAGCCAUUCACUGCAGAGGCAGAUCUUCUGAUCGGCACGGACGGGGUGCGGUCGGUGGUGAGGCAGCAUGUGUUGAGGGAGGGCGAGGAGAGGGACAGGUGGGGGCCGCCCCGGGAUAACGGCCGCAUUAUGUGGCUCGGCGCUGCUCCCCGGGAGACUAUAAGCUUCGAGCACUCCCGCCCCUACCGCACGUGCUUCACCAGGGGCGGCGGGAGGACGGCCGCAGUGGGGGACCUUGGUGGGGCGGAGAUUUUCGUCCUGUUUGUGUGUGCGGACGAGCAGGGGAGGGGGAUGACAGAGCAGCGGUCAGGGGAUGGGGAGGAGGUGCGGGGGAAGCUGAGGGCGCUCUUUGCUGAUUGGCCUGCAUACGGGGGAGUGAUUGAGGCUGUCCCCCCCGACCUGUUUUUGGAGCGCCGAGUACUGGACGUGCCUCCUCUCCCCCGCUGGCGCAACGGCCGCAUCCUCGUCAUCGGAGCCUCGGGGAAAGAGGUACCAUUCAAAUCCACCCACCCACCUCUCCCACAUGCCGUCCCCAUCACGCCAUCAUCUGCAUCUUCUCAUCAUGCCGACCAGAUGCAGCGCAUGCAGUGCCGCCCACAUUUCCGCCCCAUAUUCCCUCCAUCUUUCUCGCAUGCUCCCAUCAUCACCAUCUUCCCCAUCAUGCCGACCAGAUGCAGCGCAUGCAGUGCCGCCCACAUUUCCACCCCAUAUUCCCUCCAUCUUUCUCGCAUGCUCCCAUCAUCACCAUCUUCCCCAUCAUGCCGACCAGAUGCAGCGCAUGCAGUGCCGCCCACAUUUCCACCCCAUAUUCCCUCCAUCUUUCUCGCAUGCUCCCAUCAUCACCAUCUUCCCCAUCAUGCCGACCAGAUGCAGCGCAUGCAGUGCCGCCCACAUUUCCACCCCAUAUUCCCUCCAUCUUUCUCGCAUGCUCCCAUCAUCACCAUCUUCCCCAUCAUGCCGACCAGAUGCAGCGCAUGCAGUGCCGCCCACAUUUCCACCCCAUAUUCCCUCCAUCUUUCUCGCAUGCUCCCAUCAUCACCAUCUUCCCCAUCAUGCCGACCAGAUGCAGCGCAUGCAGUGCCGCCCACAUUUCCACCCCAUAUUCCCUCCAUCUUUCUCGCAUGCUCCCAUCAUCACCAUCUUCCCCAUCAUGCCGACCAGAUGCAGCGCAUGCAGUGCCGCCCACAUUUCCACCCCAUAUUCCCUCCAUCUUUCUCGCAUGCUCCCAUCAUCACCAUCUUCCCCAUCAUGCCGACCAGAUGCAGCGCAUGCAGUGCCGCCCACAUUUCCACCCCAUAUUCCCUCCAUCUUUCUCGCAUGCUCCCAUCAUCACCAUCUUCCCCAUCAUGCCGACCAGAUGCAGCGCAUGCAGUGCCGCCCACAUUUCCACCCCAUAUUCCCUCCAUCUUUCUCGCAUGCUCCCAUCAUCACCAUCUUCCCCAUCAUGCCGACCAGAUGCAGCGCAUGCAGUGCCGCCCACAUUUCCACCCCAUAUUCCCUCCAUCUUUCUCGCAUGCUCCCAUCAUCACCAUCUUCCCCAUCAUGCCGACCAGAUGCAGCGCAUGCAGUGCCGCCCACAUUUCCACCCCAUAUUCCCUCCAUCUUUCUCGCAUGCUCCCAUCAUCACCAUCUUCCCCAUCAUGCCGACCAGAUGCAGCGCAUGCAGUGCCGCCCACAUUUCCACCCCAUAUUCCCUCCAUCUUUCUCGCAUGCUCCCAUCAUCACCAUCUUCCCCAUCAUGCCAUCCUUUGA